AUGCAUCACCAUUUUCCGAGGCUUCUUGCCGGCCUGCUGCUGGGCUUGGGUGCCCAUGCCGGAACCCCCUUCACAGUGUUCCUUUACGCCAACAUGGACGUUGUUGCGGGACCCGUGCGACUAGCCGUCCUGAGUGACAGCAUUCAGCACAUCGCACCUGGAAGUCGGCCCAUCAGCACCACUACACAGCCCACUGCGAGACAGCUGGCGAAUGCUGCGGGCUUCGUAAUCCCCGCGAACAAGGGGUCCUACAUCCUUAUGGAGGACCUUGCAAGCAACCCCCAGAAAGUAUCCAGCUUGAUCGACUUCGUCAAGGGCGGCGGCGCACUAGUGCUGCUGGACGGCUACGACGCCUUCACCAACACCAACACAUUUAUGCCGCUGCUGGGUGCUAUGCUGGAUGGUAUCGGUAUUGGCAGCAGCAGUACCAGCAGUAUAAACGUUAAUGGUAGCGGUAGCGGUAGCCACGACUCACGGCUUAGUAGUUGCCGGGCUGUGGGCAUCAAAUCCAUGGUGCUUGUACAGCUGCGCUUUACCGGGGGGUACUUCACCGACCUGGCGCCCAAACUUCUGGUAAAGCCAGACCAGGGCGUGUCCGGCAUUUCGUGCGCAUUCGGCAAGGCGAUUUACUCGGCCUUCACCGCAAACCGGACCCAGCUGGCAGUGGCCUGGUACUGGGGGCUGGGCCGCGGAGCCAUUUACUGGAUCGGAUCAGGCUUCCAGGUGCCCCACUUGAAGGGGUACGAGGAGGUAUUGGCUGCGGCGUUCCUCGCGGCAGCAGCUGUGAAGGCCAGUCCUGAGGUCCGCUGGCAGCCGUCACUCCCGAACGGCAUUACAAGGACCACUACCGCCUCGUCCGCCAACAUUGCCGCCGUCGGCUGCGUCAAGGCCGCCGCCACCGCAACGGAAGCCGCCUCUGGCAACAGGAAGCCCGGCACUGCCACCAAGCGGCAAGCCGCCACCGGCUACGGCAACAGGAGAGAAGCCGCCGCCGCAUACGGCAAGCUCGUCAACACCACCGAGAGGGGAGCCGCCAUUGGCGGCACAAAGCCCUUUGCCGCUAGCUGA